AUGCCUAAUCAAACAUCAUCAACGGGUUGGCUAAUAUGUUUCCUUUUAAUCUUAAUUAUUGCAACAACAUCACUUAUCUUGGGUUUAUUAACACCUAGUUGGCAAAUUGUUUAUUUGGAAGAAGGUAGAACAGAACAUCACCAUGGUCUUUGGUUAGAUUGUAAGAGGGAUUACUCUUAUGAUUAUGGACGUUCUAAAGAAUAUUAUGCUACUUUACACAGGCAUUUUGACCUUGCCCGUCCUUUUGAUCAAUUUUGGCUAACAGCAUUAAAUUGCGUUUUUAAAUUUGAUUACUGGCUAGAUGAAAAGGAUUGGUAUGAACUUGGAUAUGACGAAAAUAGAUUGUGGGGGGAUGCUUAUCAACAUCUAUUUUUGGGUUGGAAAAUAGCAACAUUAGUAGCUAAUCUUAUCUCAACCAUCUGUGCUAUUUUUGCUAUAAUUUUUUUAAUUUUUGCUUUUUGUCAUCGUUUAUGUACUUGUAUAGCAGCUGUUUUAGUUGUAAUUUCUGUUCUUUCAAGUAUAGCGGGUAAUUUACUUUUUUUUAUGUUUGCCUCAGAUCAAGACAAUAAUAUUAUUAAAGAGGAAGAAGGAAUUUAUGAGGUAAUAAUUUUUUAAAUUAAAAUUUAGGAGGUUUCGGAUGUUGUUUUUCCAAUGAAUCCCCAAUAAAUAGCAAUCCCUGAUAAUCUUUUCUGAACUGAAAAGCCGAGAUUUAUUCGCCUGUGU